CAAAAUAUAAAUCAUUUGUCUGAUUAAUUUCGAAGUCGCUGUCACCCACCCAGGCGAGAUAAAAAAUCCCAAUAAGAGUUUUUCUAUCGAGGUUGUCUUCUUUAACCCAAUUUGGAGAAUUGAAGCUCAGAUAGUAAAUAUUUUUAUUCUCUUCUGCUUCCCCUCCUUGCCGCCACCCGCAGCGCAAGAGCCUAGAAUUUCCUCCAAUUUUUUCUCUUCUUUUUAGUCGUGUGAAAACCAUCAAAACCUCCUGCUUCUGCCGCGGUUGCCUUUUGCUACUUGCAAAUUACUCGUCUUUCUGCUAGUAGCAUAGAAAGAGGAGAAGAAAAAACAUGGCGAACCAUGGUGGAAAAAUGAAGUCCGUCUCUAUAAACGGGGUGAAAAUGUAUACAAUAUCUUCCCACCUGCGCUCCGUAGCUGCCUGGCUCUCUCUUAAGAAGCAGCGAUCUCUCCGCAAGGACAAAAGUAUAUAUCCUCCACAAGUGAAAGUAUAUGAGCUUAGACAAUUUUCUAUGAAGUUUGAGAGGCACUUGGAAUCCGAAAUAAUUGAUUUUCAGGUAUUGGCUGAUGACUAUUCAAAACUUGCAUUCUUAUGUGCUGAUCGUUCUGUUAAUCUACAUGCAAAAUAUGGAGAGCACUACAGUCUGCGGAUUCCAAGGUUUCCUAGUGCUUUAAUUUUUGCUUUUGCUCUGUUUGUUUUUGGGGUCAAAUCCAGUGUUACGUAUCAUAUAUUGCACGCACACCUGGUCAUUCUAGAUGGAUGGUUGAAUUUUAGUGAUUAAUAGAUUUUAUAAUUAGCUCUUGCCAUUACUUGUUGGAAUUCCAAUUCUAAGGAUGUCACUAUUGCCACUUUAUGUUUAUUUGACAAAAAUGUUUUUGUAAUUGAAUCUGUCCUCGAUGUCUCCUUCUUUACCAGUGGGAAGGAAAGAGAAAAA